CUCCGCAGCUCCGCUCGGCUCCGUCUGCCCCGUGUUUACCUCUUAGCCAAGCUGGACACAGACCUUCACCAACAGACCCCAGUAGCUCGAAAAUUACUGAUGUAAGCUGACUCGAGUCCAAUCCUCAACGGAUUUUCUGCAGCGCUUUGUGCUUGUGACACGGAGGCGGAGUUGUCAUGAAUAAGGAAAUCAUGUCACGUGUGGUGAAGAAGAGGCAGGCGGACCCAAAGGUCGUCCAGUAUGUCUGGGAGGCCAUCGAGGUCAUACGCAACCAGAAACAAAUCGCAAACAUGGACAGGAUCUCAAAGUACCUGAGCCGUGUGUUUGGCAUGCAUCCGAAGGAAACCGCCAGACAGUUGAGCCUGGCUGUGAAGGACGGCCUGGUGGUGGAGACCCUGACCGUUGGCUGCAAGGGCUCCAAGGCCGGCAUCGAGCAAGAGGGAUACUGGCUGCCUGGGGAUGAGAUGGAUCCAAAAGCCGAGGGAAGCAAGGACUGGGAGACGGAGAGCCACGACUGGUACUGCUUCGAGUGUCACCUACCGGGUGACGUCCUAACAUGUGACAACUGCUUCCGAGUCUAUCAUCUCAAGUGUCUGUCGGACGAGUGCAAGCCCAGAGACGGAGGAUCUCCCUGGCAGUGCGUCUUCUGCAGGGGAAGUAAAAAGAAGAACUUAAACAAACAGGAGAUGUGUAAAUACCUGCGCUUCAUUGUCCAGCGUAUGAAGGAGAGGGCAGUGGACCUGAACAAAAAAGGCAAAGACACUAAACAUCCCAUGUACAGACGACUGAUCCACACUGCACUGGACGUCUCCAACAUCCAAGAGAAUCUGUCUGAAGGAAAGUACAAGACUUUUGAAGAGUUCAAAGCAGACGCUCAGAUGAUUGUUCACAACACUGCCAUACUGUAUGGAGUUCACAGCGACCAGGCAGAGAUUGCACGGUUGCUCUUCAGUGACACGUGUCAUGAGUUGAAUGAGUUGUUGCUAUGCAAGAACUGUUUCUACCUGUCGAACGCCCGGCCCGACAACUGGUUCUGUUAUCCCUGUAGCCCCAGCCAUGACUUGGUUUGGGCCAAGAUGAAAGGUUUUGGCUACUGGCCAGCCAAAGUCCUGCAGAGAGAGGACAACCAGGUGGACGUACGCUUCUUUGGACAUCAACACCAGAGAGCGUGGAUCCCCUCAGAGAACAUCCAGGACAUCAAGGUGAGCGUGCAGCAGCUGCAGGUGAAGCGCAGCAAUGGUUGGAAAAAAGCGUGUGAGGAGCUGGAGGUGUACCAGCGCUUCCUGAAGGAAGGACGCUUCUGGAAAACGAAGAUGGAGGACGGCAGCCCGCCACACCAACAGAGUCAGCGGCAGCAGCAGGAGGAGGGCAGCGUGAGGACAGACAGGCUGGAGCGGACGGACGAAGCAGAGUCCAGCAUCUCCUCCACCAGCAAUGAGCAGGUCCGCCAUCUCAAAGGCAGCCAGGAGCCCAAGGCGAAGAAAAGCCGUCGGACUCACACGGUUGAGCCCAAAGAAGAAGUCAGUGACCCGGAGCCGGAGAUGGAGGCCGUCAGCUCCAGCCAGGAGAUCCCGGUGUCAUCGGCACCGCAGCAGCCAGAAAAGCUGUCGGUGUCCACGCAGACCAAGAAGGCCAACGGGGGGUCGCCGCGCACGCUGCAUCGCGGCACGCAGACCAACAGCGAUGGCGCCUGUCAGAACAUGUGCCACGAGAAGUACACCAAGGUCUUCAACGACGUGAAGGAGAUGAUGAAGGCCGACAACAAGAGGGAGACGGAGAGGGUCGUCAGAGAAGCUCUGGAGAAGCUCCGUGCAGAGAUGGAGGAGGAGAAACGCCAGGCGGUGAAUAAGGCGGUGGCUGGAGCUCAGGCGGAGAUGGAGAGGAAAUGUAAGCAGGUGAAGGAGAAGUGCAAAGAGGAGCUGGUGGAGGAGGUGAAGAAGCUGGUGGCUCAACACAAACAGCUCAUCUCCCAGACCAAGAAGAAGCAGUGGUGUUAUAACUGCGAGGAGGAGGCCAUGUACCACUGCUGCUGGAACACCUCGUACUGCUCCAUCAAAUGUCAGCAGGAGCACUGGCACGCCGACCACAAACGAACCUGCCGCAGGAAGAGAUGAAUGAACAAGCCCCGCCCCUACCCGACAUUACACAGCACGCCAUUGGCUCUGUCCUCGCCUCCUCCUGUCAGUCAGUGUCUACAACAAACACAAACACUCUUCUCCCUCCUGCUUCUCGACUUGCCUUCCUGAAAACUUUGUGGACCCGAUGUUUUUUUUUUUUUUUGUGCGUGCCGAGCGGUUUUGUUUCUAUUAUUUAAUGUACCCAUUGUAUUGAUUUUACCUUCUACGCUUUUAUUUUUUCUGAACAGUGAACAGUUUGUUCAACAGCAUGGCUCGAACGAGUUAUGACCUCCUAUUUUUUUCUUCUUCUUCCUUUUUUUUUUUUCUUUCUUUUUUUACUGAAGUGCUAAUUUUGUGUUGGAGAAUGUGUUAUUUAAGUGUGUAGGAACAGGUGAGCAUUAACUGAAUACAUUUUAUUACCUGACUUUUUAAAAGAAACCUUUUUCUUACUGUAAAUGCAGCAAAGCGCACGCCGUCGAUCCUACAGAACAUUUAAAAAAAGGUACCGUAAGCACCAUCGCAGCAUCAGACUAACUCCGCUUUCAUACAGAAAACUGAUUUAAAAAGCAAAAAAACAACAACAAAAAAAACAUUAAAUUGUGGAUUAAAAGGCUCGCUGACUUUAAUGCAAUUUAUUCUUUUCAUGAAUCGAUUGCGGUGGAUAGCACCUUUUACCAUUUUUACCGAAAAUUUUAUUGUCCUAAAGUCACUUAUUGGGAACAGGGUCAGAAAGUCGGCUUUAAAAGAUGCCGACCAAAAAAAAUAAAUCUUCCAUGAGAGAUUUUUAUUGUAAUUAUGCACAUUUUUGGUUUCUUUUUUUGGGGGGACUAGACUGUUUUUUUUGGGGUUUUUUUGUUUUUUUUAUAUGAGUUGGAUAAAACCAGGAAGUUUUGAGUUUGUACUGAAGUCGAGGGAAUGUACAGCAAUAUUUCCUGAGCUGGAUCUUAGAGAGGUUACAUGAUUUGACAGUUUUGUUGUUGUUGGUUGUUUUGUUUUGGGUUUGUUUGUUUGUUUUUUUGUUUUGUUUUGUUUUUUUGCACAUUUCAUUUUCUUAGCAACCCAAAUGCUUGUAAUAUUGCCAAAAAAAGUCGCACCUUUUGAUGAACCUACCUGAGAACAUCUGGCGGCGACUCCUCUCCUCUCUUCGCCCUCCUGCAGUGUAUUUAAAAAAGAAAAAAAAAGAUGUAUAUUUUCCGGAGCGUCGUCUGUGUCAUUUUUCUAGUGACGUACACUCGAGAUUCCUCAUCAUUUCUUCUUUUCCCCCCCCCCUUUAAUCUGAAGUGAUUAGCUAUGAGACUCUUUCACUGCGUAUGCUGUAGUUGGUGGUCGGUGCCUGUUUCUUCUUCUCAUCCUCUCACCCAGUGAGGCCACAUGCAUGUAGAUAGUUUCAUAGUUUUUUCAUUCAUUAAGGGAAAAUAAGCAGGAAAAAAAGACCAGACGUCUGGUCUCCAUAAAGAAGUGAUAAUGGAUGGACCAAUAUAAAAAAUAUGCAAAUAUGAAUGAUCAAAUGUAACUUUUUCUUUUCCUCCCCCUGUGCUCAACGUUGAGUCUUGAUGUCUAAUUACGGUGCUUAGAAUCACUUUUUUAUUUAAAUUCUUUAUAAUGGGGCAAUAAAAUUGCCGGUUCUUAAUGUUUUUUUUUGUUGUUGUUUUUUUUUAAAGUCUGACUGUUUCUUCUGUUAUGAUAGAUGAGAGAAACUCGCUUUACCCCAAGUUGCCUUUUUCCUUUAACAUAUGAAAAAUAAGACACCGUGAAUUCUCACAUGGUGGGCAGCCCUGUAGUUUCAACCCUGUUCGCUGUGAACGAAGCCUCCAUCCUUCCACGCUACAGAAUCAUUGUAUGCACUACGUGCUGUGUUUUAGCAGUCGAAUGUUUGAAGAGAUCAGCUUUUUCCAACAGCAACAUGCAAUAUUUGUCCCAAUGAUCACCAGCUAAUCAGGCUGUUACACUUUUUUAAUUUUUUCAAAUAAGAAUAGAGCAUUUUUUAACCUUUUUUUUGUUUGUUUGUUUUGGUUUUUUUAAAGAUAAAAAAAAUCAUUGGGGGGUUUCCAGCUGUGAGUCACGAAAAGCUACACUAGUAGAAAAUCUAGAGCUGAAAUGAGUUUAACAAGUCCUGUUAAUGUGCAGUGAACACACCGACUCUGUUACAUCAGAAAUCUUCUUUGAAAAAUGGGCCCGAUUAAAUAAAACCCAUUUAACAAAGUGGUUAAAAGUUGUUACAGUGCUGGAUGUUUUUCUUCUUUAUGAAACAUCUGAGUGGUGCAAAAACACUGUACUAGAAUCCUUAUUUAAUGUAGUAAUUGUGACAAAAUGCAACAACACAAACUAAAACGGAGCUUAAAAUAAUCUCUUCACUAUAAAAGUGCCUGUUUUGUUUGACCAGUUCAUACAAAUACUAAAUAAACGCUCACAUUUAAGAAGCAAAUACCUACUUCUUACUUCUGUUAAAGUUUUUAAGUUUUUUUUUAACAAAAAGGUAAAUUUAUUCACCAACCCUCAAAAACUGAUUUAGUAAUCAACAUUUACUUUAUGUAAUCUGCACACUUCACUGCAUGCUACCAUGUAGGGUGAAAUUUUUAUGAGCGCUUACUUUUACCUUGAACAGCUUUUAUUGUGAAAUUGGAGGAAACGCAUUUCAUUAACAGGAAGUUUGAUGGGUAGACUGGUGUAGCUUUUACGUUUCUAAACACAGCUAAAGAAAUAAAAUCAAGAUCUCGAAUGUCUGCAGCAACAAUCUCAAAUAUAACUUUUAAUGAUUUUAUUUUUUUAUUCGAUGAUCUUUUUGACUUUUUUUGUGGGGAAACUGCAUUUGGUGUGGAUUUUUUUUUUUAACCAUCAGAUUAGUCCUGUUUACUAAUCAGGACACACAAUUAAGAAUUGUGUGAAUUUAAGCAACACGUCACCAGAGACGACUAAGAUUUGUUGUCUCUGUGCAGUAGUUGCUCUGACAGAUUGAAAGUGUGUAACACACAGACACAGCCUCACUAAUGAGAUUAAUUCAUCGUUGGUUUUACUGUUUACUGAAUUUGUUGAUAAUGAACCUAAACCGAUAUUUUGGGCUGCCCACUAUUAGAGAAUUUACGGUAACUGUUGUUCCUCUGAAACGUCCCUCAGACAUGAAAACUCAUUAAAUCCUUUAUGAUGUGAUGUGUGCGUUACUCCUGUCAUGUUCUCAUAGCUCACAGUUCUCAUCUUCAGUGCACUACAUAUAAAUAAAACAUCCUUCUGUCCCCUCCGUCAUCUUAUUUGUACAUUGUAAAUGAUUUUUUUUCCCCUGCAGAUGACUGUUAGUUGUAGUUUUUUACAAUCAUAUCAGCUGUGUGUGUGUGUGUGUGUGUGUGUGUGUGUGUGUGUGUGUGUGUGAGAGAGAGAGAGAGAGAGAUUUAGUUAUUGUUCUUUUAAACUUCAGUGUGUCUCAACAUUUCAGCAUCUCUUUUUUUAAAGCCGACGUGGGGUUUGUUACACGUGACCUGCUGCAGCUGCAGCUUUGAUUUUUUUUUUUUUUUUCUUAUCGUUUUUAUAUUUGUCCAUCCAGCCAUGAAGCUUUCGACGUGAUUUUUAUGUUAAACCUUUCUUUUUCUGGCCACGUGUAAAGCUUUGUGAUGCCAUUCCAGUUUGCAUUUCUGCUUUUUGAACUGCAUGAGUAAAGGUGAACCUCCAGCUCCUCGUUCGGUUUCUUCCCCUCACGUAAAUAAAAGAAAAGGCGUGAUUGCACUCCUUCAGAGUAACGCAAUAUGACAAUGAUUUAUAUUUCCCCCUCUCGAGGCUGUUUUCAGCGUGAAUAAGAGUGAAUCGAUCAAAUUGUCCGAUCAUAUUUGCCUUUUCGCUGUUCUUAUUUCGGGGUAUUUUAGUACAUACUGUGUGUGUACUACAUGAAUCCUCUUUGUACUUUAAGUACUUUUAGCAGGAAUAAAAUCAGUGUAAAGGUUUCUUUGUUCUCACUUCCUGUUGUUCUAUGUAAACUUUUACUCGUGGCUUAACAUUUUCUAUGCUCUUUUGUUUUCUCCCUUUUUCUUUGACAAUUUAGCUAGCAAUAUGUAUAUAAAUAUAUUCUAUGUGCUAACAUGGAGGAAAUAAAUGUAUCAACAAGUUC